GUUUUGACAUUUGGCUCGAAAGUAAAGUACCUACCUAGGUAUUCAAAAAUUAUUUAAUUUAUAGCGAAAUCAGUGAAUUAUUUUCCUAUUUAUCUAAGUAAUGCUUUCUUAGUGACGAUGUCAACUUAAUAGAGUUUUAAAAUCGUUAAAUCCAGUCGUUAAAUUUAAUAAACCGGCCAUGUCACACAUUAACGACUUAAUAGGUGUAGUGAAGGGGCUGCGAAUGGUGAUAGAAGCGGGAAUAAAACUCCAGCAAGAAAAUGCUAGGAUUAUAUGGAAUAACUCCAAUGUAAAAUCACUAGUUACCACCUGCCCAACUAACACACUCACUGCUUUCAAACCAAGUUCAACGUCUGCUGAUGAUUUCUUUGAACGGGCAAGGGUUGUAGUCCACGGAUUCAGGCAGUAUGCUACUAUGCAUGUACCUAAUGUGGAUCUUAAUUCAGAGCCGAACAUGGAGUCCAACACAAAACAGUCUGUCAUGGAUGCGGAAACAAGGGAUGAAAUAGAAGAGCUGAAUAGAGAGUUCGCUAAGACAUUUGAGAGGUUGAAGCAGUCACAAGAAAAUAAUAGUUCACAACCAGUGCAGUCCAAUGUGGAAUAUAUUGCGCCUUUGGAGAAAAUUAAACCUUCAGUGGAAAUUCUCGAGAAAAUGUCUCAGUCAGCAAGUGAAAGCUAUCCUCAAGUUGUGACAUCUGCGAGUACGUCAGGCAUUGCCAGCGGGGCUGGAGUCUCCAAGCCUGUUGCUAAGAAGAAAGUCAGAGUUUCCCUAAGUGAACACUCGAAGGCGCGUGUGGUGCCAUCAUCGCGCAUCGGGCGGAUGAUCUCGUUCGGGUCGCUGGCGGCAGGGCUCGGCGUGGGCACCGUAGCGCAAUACGCCAGGAACACGUUGCAAUCCGUCUCGGGACGCGUCGACGACUCCACCAACGCCUUCCUAUCGCCCGCCAACGCUGAGAGAAUUGUGGACACGUUGUGCAAAGUCAGAGGAGCGGCCCUGAAACUUGGGCAGCUGCUAAGCAUACAAGACGACACGAUGAUAUCUCCCGAGCUCCAGCGCAUCUUCGAGCGCGUCCGGCAGUCGGCGGACUUUAUGCCGUCGUGGCAGGUGGAGAAGGUGAUGACCUCACAGCUCGGCCUCGACUGGAGGUCCAAAGUGCAGCAUUUCGAGGACAAGCCAUUCGCAGCAGCUUCUAUUGGCCAAGUGCACUUAGCAGUCUUACACAACGGUCAAGAGGUGGCGAUGAAAGUGCAAUAUCCAGGGGUUGCGAAGGGAAUCAAUAGCGACAUCGACAAUCUGAUCGGAGUUAUGAAGGUCUGGAACAUAUUCCCGAAGGGCAUGUUCAUCGACAACAUAGUGGAGGUAGCUAAGAAGGAGUUGGCGUGGGAGGUAGACUACGUGCGCGAGGCGGAGUGCACGCGCAAGUUCAAGCGAUUGCUCUCGCCGUUCCCAGAAUACUUCGUGCCUGAUGUUAUAGACGAGCUCUGCGCAUCAGAAGUGAUAACAACAGAGCUUAUAGACGGUUCGCCAUUGGACAAAUUCUUCGACGCGCCAGAAGAGACGCGAGUGGAUAUCGCGUCGAAAAUCAUGAGGCUGUGUUUGAGGGAAAUGUUCGUGUUGCGUUGCAUGCAGACCGACCCCAACUGGGCCAACUUCUUCUACAACCCGACCACGAGACAGGUGAUCUUAUUGGAUUUCGGCGCUACUCGCGAAUACAGCAAAGAGUUCAUGGACCAAUACAUUGAGAUAAUAAAGGCGGCGUCGGAAGGCGAUCGCAGCGCCAUCCUCCACAAGUCCAGGGAAAUGAAAUUCCUCACGGGAUACGAGUCCAAGAUAAUGGAAGAAACCCACAUAGACACGGUGAUGAUAAUGGGCGAAGUGUUCACCAGCGCAGGUUCUGGGGAAUUCGACUUCGGCACACAAAAGACGACGCGCCGCAUCCAAGCGCUUGUGCCCACCAUUCUAAACCAUAGACUAUGCCCGCCUCCCGAGGAAAUCUACUCUCUGCACAGAAAAUUGUCUGGCGUAUUCUUAUUGUGUUCCAAAAUGAAAAUCAAGAUGAACUGCAGGGAUAUGUUCAAUGAAAUCUAUGCGAGGUAUAAGAUUAAUAGUGUCAGAUAAAGUUCACUUGGGUCUGGAUUUUUUCCGCCACCAGAGCGCGUCGUUUACACAAAAAUAAUUUUUAUUCAUCCUAUCUUCAAGACCGAGAAUUUGAUUUCCCCACCUCAAGAUUGGUGUCAAAGCUCAACGUGGGUAAGUCUUGAAUUUAUGUUACAUUUAUUGGGAUUCUGCUAUUUGUCUUAGUUUUGUGUAUUUAUGAAAAUAAUAUCGAUUUUGUUUCCUAAAAUAGUCAAAAUGGUUUAAGUACCCUCAUAAAAAAAGUUAUUCGCUGAUUUAAUUUACUGUAUCUGGUGUGCUGAAAGAUUUCUUUCGCCCCGGUUGAAAUAAAUAGUAUAAUAAUGAGUUACCUCAAUCUAACAGACAAAUAUAAAUAUGUUUUAGAUUAAUAAAGCACAAAGAUUCCACAUUGUACAGGGUGUUAGGUUACACGGUUUUAUCCUUGAACACAGUUGAGAUGAGUUAUAUUUUCGUUUCUAAAAAAUGUCGCCAUUAAUUAUAAUCCCAAGACAUACGAGCACACCCAUUAAGUACCUUAAGCUAGUUUAGUAUCUUCAACCUGAUUAGUACCUUUAGUAUCCUCUGAAAACGCUCUGCUAUUGGUGUGCGCUGAACCUUGUACUAUGACAAAGUUUUAUGUAUAUUUUGCGAACAAAAUGAAAUUUAUUCAUAAUGACAAUUAUAUUUUCAAGAGAUACAAUUAUUUUACUAAUCAUUAAACAACCCGUUGUCUUUGCUAUUGAGAUGAAUCCAUGUAAAACGAAUUAAAAAUACUACCUAAAUCUUAACUUUAUUUUGUCAAAUACAAAUAUAAAAAAAAUAUAAACUAUUGUCGACAUACAAUUUUACACAUACAGUUUUCAUUUACCUAAGAUAAUUGCCUAUUAUCUUAGUUAAAUUAAAUCUCCCCACCUUACUCCGUGGUUUAAAAUAAAAUUUAUAAAGGUGUCGAAAUAACCAACCACUAUAAUUUCCAAUUAAUCAAUUCCCUUGAUAACGAGAUUUAAUAUUGUUUUAGUCGAUAUUAUUAAAGAGUUUUUUUUUCUGAAUGUCAAAAACAACAAUUUAAAUGGAACAACCUAGUUUUGUACUAAGAAUUCUUCGUUAUAGUCUUGUAACCAUGAGUUCACAUUUACAUGUAACAGUUCCGUAUAAAAUUGUUUUUGAUACUUAGAAGAUAGUGUCUGAAUUGACAUUUUGUAAUAAAGCGUAUUAUAACAAGUUGUGUUUAAUGAACGAAUAAUUAUGGAUAUAAAUUGUUAUUAACUUAUAAUUAAACGCCAAGGGUACUUUGUUAUUAGGUAGGAAUAUUGGAAUACUAAUUAAUUAACUAAAUAAUAACUUAUUAAUUUUAUGAAAUAAAAUCGUGGCGCUAUAAUUUGUUGUCAUUGUCUUUUAACUUUACCUCUCUAUUAUAAUUAAUCUGUAUUAAUGUCAGAUGCCUUUACGCGACUUGUAUAAAAUCUGACAUACUGGUGUUACUAAAAUGAUGCGCCUGCGCAGUAAACGAUUUAUACGUCGUGUAGCUAUUUAUUAAAAUCAUAGAUACUGACUUUUGUGGGGCGUAGUAAUAUAUCGAAAAGGAAAACUUUAGAUUUUUAUUCGAUAAGGCGAUGAGGUGACCCUAAGAAAUAAAACUGAUUGAUUCAAGUAUGUAUUAAGUGUUUAUUAAAUAAUAAUACUUUUGCAUAAUCCCAGAGUUGGCCUAUUCCCUGCCUCCUCACUUCCUCUAUGUAAAGCAACACUUACAGGUAAUAUGUAUGGGUAGGCAUGCAGGUAUCGCAUACAUAGUAUAGUUUAGGUCAACAGUCACUUCUGUGCAGUUUCGAUACAGUGACGAAGUGUACUACAGAGUGCUACAAACCUCUCUAUAACAUCUAUUUGUUUAGUAUGAUUUUUCACCAAAACUAGCACACGGAAUGUUUGUCUACUAUUUAAUUUUACGUGAUUUUAAUGUCGCAUCUAACUUCUAGGUUUGGUGAAAACUCUUACAAAAAAUAUCCUAAUCUUAUAUGGUACACAUAAAUUAACAUUCUAUAAAUAAAUAUAUUUUCAACGAAAAUAUGAACAAAAUAUACUCGAUUUAUGUUUUGAAAUCUUUUUAUAUGUGAUAUUCUGAUUCGUUGCAGUAAUGGAGUUUCGAAUUGAAGUUGUAAUAUGAUAAAUAUGUUCCGAUAACAACCAUAUUUUAAUAUAGCACGCGGCUUCUGCACUAUUGAUAGAGUAUGUUUAAAUGUAAUUACAUAAUUUAUUUCAGUAAUCUUAAUCAACUACUGAGCGGUAGUAUUGCUGGAUUCUUAGUGAAUAUACAACCAAGUAUAUAGUAUAUUAUAUAGUAUAACAUUGUCUAAAUACGAACAAGUUCAUUUCUUAA